GAGACUUUCUCAGAGGAGAAGAAUCUGCAGAGAGGUUGAGAGGAUACAAACUGCGGAGGCGCACACUGAGAGAAGAAAACGCAGAGAAACAGAGGAAGGAGAGAGACAAGCUUCCUGUAUCACACCCGAGAGGAUUCGAGAGAGAAUUGUUGUGCUGCUAAUCAUCUCAAAUUUCUUUUCCCCAUUUGGGAGAUUGAAUAGAUAUUUCUGUUUGUGUUGAGAAGAUCGGUUUCUCCAGAAUAUGUUUUUGAUUUUCUUCUCCAAUCUCAUUGAGAGUUUCUGAUGAGUAGAUUGAGAUUUAGAAGGGAUUCCUGUUAAGAAAUCUUCAACGGUUGCAGAUCUUGAGAGAAAUGGACACGGAAGAGAAGAACCAGAGAGCAUGUAGAGCGAUAGAGGCGGAUUUUUUGUUGCAGUGGGGGAACAAGAAAAGGCUUAGAGGGAUGAGAGUCAAAGACCCUGCAAUCUCACAGCGUUCUACCGGUCUAAUUCGUCGGAAAAUCACAGCUCGUAGUGUUGAACGAUUCGCAGUCACGAACACAGAGAAGGGGUCCUCCCUUCUUCAAUCCCAUCGCCUUACCAGGAAUUCGGAGGCAGCAACAAUAAUACGGUCAGGAUCGAACGAGAACCACCGGAAAUCAUCAUCCCCAGAGAAGGAGGACCGGUACUACACCACAAGAGGAUCAGUGGUGGGGGUUGAUGAGAAUGGCAAGGUUUCACUGGACGGAAACAAUGGAGAGGAGAAAGGAUUUGUGUGGCCAAAGCUGUAUAUCAGUUUAUCAAGCAAAGAGAAAGAGGAGGAUUUCAUGGCAAUGAAAGGUUGUAAACCUCCUCAAAGACCCAAAAAGAGGGCCAAAAUCAUCCAAAGAAGUUUGCUUUUGGUGAGUCCGGGGGCUUGGUUGACUGAUAUGUGCCAAGAAAGAUAUGAAGUUAGGGAGAAGAAGAGUACCAAGAAGAGACCAAGAGGAUUGAAGGCCAUGGGAAGCAUGGAUAGUGACUCAGAAUGAUGGAAGGCUCUCUCACAUUAGGGCAUCUUUUACAUCAUGUUAUGAGGGGAGGUGAGGUGAGGGGAGGGUGGGGUAGGGUUUAUCAUAGAAUGGUGGAAGAAGAGUCUCUCUUCAGAGCUUGUUGUAUAGAAGCAAACCUUUAUUUUUGCAAAUGAAAAAAAAAGAAAAAAAAAGUCUCUCUUCCCCUCUUUCAAUUCAUAAAUUUACUAAUUUCCCUGAAAAUUUGGAAAUUUUUCUUUUAUGUAAGUCAGAAUUGUUAUGUUGA